UGUGGAUCAGGAGCUCCAGCAGCACCCGGCCCGGCUCAGCUCUCUCUCCCACACCGACCUCCAGCACCUCCUGCCCGGAUCACCAGCUCCCCUCCAGCGCCCGGACCCCCGUCUGAACCCGCUUCCGGUCUGGAAUGAGCUUCUGGAGACGAAACAAGAAGAAUGAGACCAACAAGGACUCACUUGAAAAAGAAGAUGCACCAGACGGCUCCUCCUCCCCCAUAAAGUCCCCAAUCAUAGACAGUGAUGGGCUGGAUCCCGUCCUCACAGACUUCAGGCUGCAGUUGCCAGACAAUUCAGAUGACCUGAGAGAUUCUGGAUCCUCCACCUCGUCUGAAAAGUCUGACCUGUCGGUGGCUCUGGAGGACUGCAUGGAAGCGCUGGAUUUAUUCCUGAGAAACAACUUUGAGGAGGCUCUGUCCCGACUCAGGAGCAGGACUAAAGACAGCAUGUAUCACGCGCUCACGUACGCCACCAUUCUGGAAAUGCAGGCUAUGAUGACGUUUAAUCCAGAGGACAUCCUGGCAGCUGGAAACACCAUGAAAGAUGCUCAGGCUGUGUGUCAACGGCAUCGUAAGAAGUCUUCCUUCAACAGUAAAGGCUUUACAGAAGAGGAGCUACAUGCAGAAGUGUGUUAUGCUGAGUGUCUCCUCCAGAGGGCAGCACUGACCUUCCUACAGGAUGAAAACAUGAUCAGUUUUAUUAAGGGUGGAAUUAAAGUGAGGAACAGCUACCAGAUCUACAAGGAGCUUCACACAGUGCUGAAGUCUUCAGCUUAUGUUCAGGGUGAUAAUCACGGACACUUCGAGGGGGGAGUGAAGCUGGGAGUGGGAGCGUUUAAUCUGAUGCUUUCUCUGUUGCCCACCCGGACCCUGAGGCUGCUGGAGUUUGUGGGUUUUUCUGGUAAUAAGGAGUUUGGUCUCCUGCAGCUUCAGGAAGGUUGUGCUGAGCGUACAUUCAGAUCAUUUCUGUGUAACAUGCUGUUACUCUGCUACCACACGUUCAUGAGCUUCAUACUGGGAACGGGGGAAGGAGACGUGGAGGAUGCAGAGAAACUGCUGCAACCGUAUCUUAAGCGCUACCCUAAGGGAUCCAUCUUUCUGUUCUUCGCUGGUCGAAUAGAAGAAAUUAAAGGAAACCUGGAUGCUGCUAUUAAACGUUUUGAGGAGUGCUGUGAGGCACAGCAGGACUGGAAACAGUUUCAUCACAUGUGUUACUGGGAGCUGAUGUGGUGUUUUACCUAUAAGCAGCACUGGAAGAUGGCCUACUUCUACGCAGACCUGCUUAGCAAAGAAAAUGCCUGGUCUAAGGCCACGUACGCGUAUAUGAAAGCUGCCUACCUCAGCAUGCUGAGUCGAGAGGAAUGCCAGCCGUUUGCAGAGAGCGAGGUGGCAUUGUUCAGGCAGGUUCCCGGGCUGAAGCAGAAAAUUGCUGGGAAAUCUUUACCCACCGAGAAGUUCGCCAUCCGCAAAGCUCGACGCUAUAAUGUAGAAAAUGCUAUUCCCCUCCCAGCUCCUCCACUGGAGAUGAUGUAUAUCUGGAACGGGUACACGGUGAUCGGGAAGCAGAAGGAGCUGACUGAGGGAAUGCUAAAGACUCUGGAUGAAGCUCAGCAGAAACUCGAACAGCAUCCAAGAACAGAGUUCUCUAUAGAUGACCAGUGUGUGGUGAGUCUGCUGAAGGGUCUGUGCCUCAAACACUUGGGUCAUGCAGAAGAGGCUGAGCACUACUUCACUCUCGUCCUCUGCAAUGAGACUCAGAUCAAAUUUGACCACUACCUCGUGCCUAACGCUCUGCUGGAGCACGGCCUGCUGUGUCUGGAGCAGGGCAGGAGAGAGGAGGCCAUUAAACUGCUGGAGAUGGCAAAGCAAAACUACAAGAACUACUCCAUGGAGUCCCGCACGCAUUUCCGGAUCCAGGCAGCUCUGCAUAAAGCCCGAGCCUCGGAGCAGAACGGCAUGAACUGCUCGCCCUCCAGCCCCUAGCGGCCUGGGUCUCAGACUGGUCUGAGAGAGCACGGGGUUAACCCACGCCACACUCAGGCCUAACGAGGAGGAGACGGACCUCAGGAGGGCGGAGAACCAAACUAACACCACCAGAACUGCAGAGGGGAGCUGGACUGAGCUUCUGGCGAGGAAUGAAAGAACCCUGGUUUCAUUAGACACACAUUCACUCAUAACUCAUAACUCACUCAUACACCCAGGCACAGGGAAGCACAGGUGCAUGCUCACACAGUCAGGAGGAGAAACCCAGUAUCACCCAAUACAUCGUGCUGACGCAGAAACGUGUGUACUCUCUAAGCUUACAGCAGUGUCUUACUCUCUCUUACACACACUCUUACACACACUCACACACUCUUACACACAGUCACACACACAUCAGCCGGGUAUCUAUAACUCCUUUCAGCAGCAGCUUAGUCAUUCUUUGCCGUUUAUGCCCUCUGACCUCAUACACUGUGGCCAACAGCAGCAAACCGGCGAUACUCCACCAACAACAACAUUAAACAUGUCGAAACCGUUUUAACCGUCAUGCACAAGCUAUUAGACGCCAUUAUUUCGCAAGCAGAAGCAAAGUGAAACAGGUCAAGAAGGCCAGAAGGUCAUGCAAUAAAAGUGCGUAAGGAAAUGCCUGAGGCAAUACUGGUUACAUGCUGUUAUACACUUAUUGUCAAAAAAAAAAGUUGCAAAAAGGAAAGUAAUCAAUUGACCGACAGGAAUGAAACUUGGUGGGUAGUCGUGCCAGACAGUAAUUUAAUGCUUCAACAAGUCCCGCUUUUGCUUUGAUGUAGAUCACCCUUGGUCUUUCAUUGCAGGCACUUGACAUGACAAGGAACAUUUAAGGAUUAUAUUUUACAAGUAGUAACUCCUAACAUGAUCAGGAUGUAUCAUCAAGUAUAUUAAGGAAAACUGUUGUUGCUAAGUUGAAGCAACAACAGCUUCAGCCAGUAUUUUCUUAUUUGAACUGUGUGGAUUUUAGCCCAGUCCCAUUUCCACACCUCGGGUUGCCAGGUAUAGAACACCUGUUCUGCUGACCAGGUAACCACUGAGCUUCAGUAAGGUUUGUUAAUCAUAGCUAGUUCAUAUACAGUUCUGGAAAAAUGAUGAGUUUCUUUGAUUUCACCAAAUUGAAAACCUCUGGAAUAUAAUCAAGAGGAAGAUGGAUGAUCACAAGCCAUCAAACCACCAAACUGAACUGCUUGAAUUUUUGCACCAGGAGUAAAGCAGCAUAAAGUUAUCCAAAAGCAGUGUGUAAGACUGGUGGAGGAGGACAUGAUGCCAAGAUGCAUGAAAAAAAACACCAAAUAUUGAUUUCUGAACUCUUAAAACUUUAUGAAUAUGAACUUGUUUUCUUUGCUCUGCAUCUUUUGUGUUAUUUCAGCCAUUUCUCAUUUACUCCAAAUAAAAGCUCUAAAUGAGAAUAUUUUUAUUUGGAAUUUGGGAGAAAUGUUGUCUGUAGUUUAUAGAAUAAAACAACAAUGUUCAUUUUACUCAAACAUAAACCUAUAAAUAGCAAAAUCAGAGAAACUGACUCAGAAACUGAAGUGAUCUCUUCAUUUUUUCCAGAGCUGUAUAUGAAUAUACUUUCAGUAGCUUAGCAGAGAUGGGCAUUUUGCUUGUUCCUUUAAUUCAGUCCUGCAAUCAAUUGCCCUAACUUUUCUGAAUGCUCACACACACACACACACACACACACUCUAAUUAAAAAUGUGUAGGAUGCUAAUUGAUGCCCUAUCAACACUAUUACAGCACUUACUACUUAUUACUGUAAAAUCAACAGGAACUGCUUAAAUUUUAAAGCAGUAUGAGAUGGAUUAUUACUGGACACCAUAAGGCAUGUUACGUUAAACUAUUAAUAUUAAUAAUUACUAAGAGUUUAGACCCUAUAUCAGUCAGAUUUUUUUAUAUAAUCAUUUAUUGCUCCUGGUAACAGUUGUUCCUUUACAUUUUCCUUACAAACAGCAUUGAAAUCUUAACGCUUCCUUCUAUGUACAGGUAUUUUUGCAACUAUUUCUUUGACGAUAAGUGUAUAAAAGUGUAUAAAAUCUCCCAAUUCUCCCAGUGGCAGCUCUCAACCCUGAUUAACUAUGUAAAUGAUAUACGGGGAGUUUGCUAGCCGUUCCUUCUUUCUACUAUUUAUUCUCUGUGACAGCCUCGUGAAAUUGUCCCAUUUUAAGUGGACAGCUGAAUGUGUCUUUUAGAAAGGCAGUCUCCUUCAUGUGGACUUGAUCCAGAUAGUACUUGAGCUCAAACAAACAAGUCUUUCAGAUUGGAGCCGGGCAGGAGCCACGGCUGUCUGCUCCAGCCAGAGUGACGGAUACACUGACAACCGCUAUAGCCUUAUAUACUAAAACAAAGAGAAAUAACACUAAAAAAAGACUUGAACUAUUAUUAUUAUUAUUAUUAUAGUCAUAUUUUUUGUUGUUGGUAAAUUGAUGAAUGUUACUUUUAAUAGGGCGUUUAGAAGCCUUUAGAAGCCUUGAGCCUCGUAUCAGGUGAAGACAAUGAUGAUUUAUGAUCAUUAUAAGCCUCUUAAAUACAGUAAAUUCAGUUUCUGUGGGUUAGUUUACUGGACAGGGAAUUAACCUAAUCCAGGACUUUACAGCAUUAUAUAUGGAGAUUCCCUAUUGAUAUAUAUACUGUAUGUGUCAUUUCAGCUUUGCUAACACAUUGCAUUAUAUCAUACAUGUCCUGAUAAAAAAUAUAUAUUUUUGGGAUUCUCCUAAUAUUUGAUAACAAAAAUUAUUCAGACAAAAUGGGGAAAAAAUAAGUGAAAGCCAAAAGACAAAAUAAGUGAUACCAGAGAAUUGGUUUUAAGAUAUAGUGCCCUAUCUUACACUCUGUGCAAGGUGCGUUGUGAUGUUCAUCGCUAUCUUACACCAUGCAAAUAGUCUAAUUUAACAGUCCUUCUGAAUAUAUCUACACUGAUGGGCGUGGUGGUCUGGAAAUGAGGUGUGUUCAGGUAAAUUUCUGGAGUUUUGCUUGUUUAUCUUGGCAACAGAAAACACAGGUGCUCCACUGACUGAUUAGAUCCCUGACAACAGUCAACCAUCAGAUGUUCAUUGCUAUCUUGGCAACUCUAACAUCAACAAUAAACAUAAUAGUAAAUAAAAUAACAUUACUGUUCCCGUAAAUGAGCUGCUGGAGCUCCUUCACAGCGUCAACCAGCAGCUCAGUUUCCUCUGCUAGAAAGCAUUGGAUACUUCCAAAUGCAAAGUCAAAGCUCACCUGGAUCCUAAAGGUAAUGGCAAGUGAGACACUGAUUGGUUUAUUUUACAUUACACCCAUGAUUAAUUAAGAUAAAUAGUACAUUCCUAUUGUGCGUUUUGAGCUGUGCAAGGUAUACUUUUCCUGAGGUUACGAUAGCAAAGACACACUGACAUGCCCUUGAUCAAGCUGUAUGGUGCAAGGUUAAUGUCUCCCCUAUAGAGUGAUAAAAUCUAUAGGUCCCAUACUGUGCUUUUUUGGUAUGUUAAAAAUGUUCUUUGUUCAGUUCAUAUUUUAAACUGUAGUUUUGUCAAAUAUAUUAAGAAUAUCUAGUUUAUUCAAUGAUAAAAAGUGGCAAAUUUAAUUAAACUACAAAAAAAUAUAUGUUUUUGCCAAAUAUUGCAGUUUGUAAAGUAAUGUUUCUUUUCAGUGCAUCCCUAGAAAUUUGACAUUGUUCUCAUUUUGUUCAAGAAAUAUCAACAACAGGCAGAUUAUACAUAAUUUAUUAUAUAUUUUACAUCCCUGCAUUUAUUUAAAUAUUGCAUUGCAUAUUGCAGAACAAUAAAAUAUUGCAAUAUCAUUUUUUUGCCAAUAUCGUUAAGCUCUAACACUUAAUCCCUUUCCUAGAAAAAAAAAACCCUACUAUACCCUAAACCUAGUCAUAGGCUAUAUUUUUCUUUGAAUGGGAAAUCUCCAUUCAAAAUGCUGUGUUGUCCAGGAUUAGCCUUAAUCCCCUCUGGGAAACUGAUCCUAAAUGUUUUAUUUAGUAAACAGAAUCAGUAAUAAACAGUAAAUCUCAGCAGAUUUAGGCUUAUCUGUAGCGUUUUUUGUUUACAUUAGUUCAUAACUGGUUAAUAUUUUCUUUUCCCCAAGUACUUUUCCAUACUCUAUCCUCUAUAGAGCAAUGCUAGCACUUUACUUUACAGCCUGCUACAUCUUCUACAGUUGCACUACAGUUUGCACUACCAAAAAAUGAUCAUUUUUGGUUAUGUUUUGACUGACUGUUCUGCAACACGUGCAUUGCUGUGUUAUCAGGUUAACGAGUGUUAACGAGCUUUAGGGUAAAAUACUUAGUUUUAAUAUGAAGGAUUUCAAUGGGUGUACAUUCAUUUUCUCAGAGGUGGUGGAAAAACGAAUUUGUUGAAAAAAAAUAAUGAUUAAUAAAAGUGAAUAAAUGUAUAAAGUAUGAAUAAUUUUGAAUAAUGAGAUCUAUUUUUCCCUUAUCUGAAAUAAAUUUCCAAAGGGCUGUACAGCCGGGACUCUUCUGUGGUGUGUGGAUACUGUACAGACCAACAUUCCUAAGGAUUAUGAAUGUUUGUUUUGUAAUUUAAGAUUAAAUGACAUCAUUACCUUC